AUGGGUGAUUGGGAUUCAGAAGAUUAUACUCCAGUAGCAGGAAACAGAUGGGAAGAAGAAAAUAGAGAUCAAGGUGAUGGUAUGGACGAUUGGGAUGCCGAGCCCGAGGAAAAGGAAGAGGUUGAAGAACCAACCAAGGUUCCAUCAAAGCCAGCUCCAAAGCCAUUGUCAAAGGCUCAAGCUCUCAAAAAGGCACUCGAAUUGAGAGAAAAGGAGGACAAGGUAUCGACAGACGACUUUGACAUUUACAAAGACAAGAUGAAACAAAGAGAAAUGCAAGAGGAAGCUGAUCUCCAAAAUGCAAACGAUGUCUUUCAAGGUAUCUCGGUCAGAGAAACCACCCCAACUGCUCAAUGUUCUCUCGAUACUAUGAACCCAACCUCUGAAAAGGAUUAUGAAAAUUAUUCAAAUGCUCUUUCAAAAUAUGUUACUAAAUUUGAAAAAUCAUAUCAUUAUCCAACAAUCAUAAAGACAAUUUUAAAGAAUGCAACUGCAAAUAUGACAUCACAGGAAACCAACGAUUUGGUUAAAUCACUCACCGUCAUUGUAAAUGAUAAAAUCAAACAAGAAAAGAAUGCAGUUGGCAAAGGAAAGAAACCAACAAAGGCUGCUGCCACAAAGAAAACUCUCCAACUCGAUAAUGAAAUGGAAAACUUUGGUGAAGAAGAUUUUAUGUAA